CACAAUCACUUUUUUUUUUGUUAACCUUUUCUUAAAGUUUCAUCUUUGCUUGGAAUACUUAUCCUAAAGUUUUUUAUCCAAUCAACAUCUCAAAAAGACAAAUCUUGUACACAAAAAUAAAAAAAUAUCAUGUUCAUAAUUUUGUUUAAAAUUCUCCAAAAUUUGCUAAAAUCAUGUCUGGUUUGUUUGUUGGAAUUUUGUGUAUUGCAAAAAGGGGUUAUCAGUUCAGAUCAUUUGAUUCUGCUUCUUCCAUGAUAGAACAGAGAAGUAUAGGAAGCCAUGGAUAUAAUAAUGAGGAUUUAGGUGAAAAAACCAGAGAAGCCAAGCAGAGAUUGGAUCACAAGCUAAGAAGGACUAGAAGUAAAGACGAAAGAUUCAAGGAUGUCGAAGAUGGGCAAGUAGAAUCAAGUACUCUGCAGAAGAAAGAGAUGUCUGGAGUGAAGCAGAAUGGGAUAAAGACAUUUAGCAGGGUAAUAAAGCAACGUAACGAUAUCGAAAAUGAUGAAUGCACCAUUUGUUUGGGCAAAUUCAAGGUUGGUGAUAACCUAAUGCAUUUGCUAUGUGACCACAAAUUCCAUUCAUGUUGUUUGGUUCCAUGGUUGGAGAAUUAUGUUUGUUGCCCUUGCUGCAGAAUUGAGAUUCUCACUUGAAAAAAAUGUAUAUAUGGGAUAUAAAAUGAGCUUAAAUAAAGAAAUCGGGAUUCAUAUAGUUGACCCCAAUUUGUCUGAAACCGAGGCAUAAAGUGAGGAUGAAGAUUCAUAUAACCGACUCUAACUUGUUUGGAACUGAAACGUUGUUGUAUAGAUGAAGUUUGAAAUAAGAAGAUUGUAUCAUUGGUACUUGGUUACUAGAGAAGUUUGAGAACUUAAUUACUUAUUAUUCAUAUCUAAUUUCUUCGUGCAA